AUGAAGCUGGUACAGUGUGACACAUUGUGGGCAACCCUGCGAUGGUCUCUACAUGCCUGGUGGCACGGCUAUUCAGUCCCGACGGAACUGUCGAGUUGGGCCCGGUAUGAAGAGGAUUACGAAGUUCUGAAGGCGGCAGGGGAACGGUGGGCCCUACUCAGGCCUUUCUUCGCAUCGUGGGGAUACCACCUCUACGAAUAUGAGCGCCUCCCGCUCACGUACCCCCCGAAGUCCCUCAAAUGUCCCGACAUUGUGGAUGAGUCCUAUCCUUAUGCCAGGUGUCGUUUCACCAAGGAUGAGCAUUAUGUGUUCACCUAUGUCCAUACUGGUCGGAUAUGGGCCGCGCGAGACAACUUUGGCAGAGACGUUAUCAUAAAGCUAGUUUCGAGUCGGAAUGAAGAACAGGAAGAGCUGAAAGUUUGGAAAAGACUGAGCGCUCCUGAAGUAAGGGAAGAUCCCCGUAGUAAUCGAACGCUCCGAGUGCUAGACUUCAUCACGUACGACGGACUAGUGUUCGUGGUAACACCUCGAUGGGGAAUGCCUUUUGUAGGACUGUCGUUCCCGUCAGUUGAGCAUAUCUUCGACAUGCUGGAACAAUUUUACGACGGCCUCGCAUUUCUUCACGACAACAGGAUUGCCCAUCGCGACAUUGAUCCCGGGAACAUGGUCAUGAACGCAUUAUUCGAUUACUUUGAUGAGACUCGAGAUUCUGUCGAGAUUCGGGACCCCUCUCGUGUCCUUUACGCCCAUAUCGACUUCGAGGCAUCUGCACUCUUUGCUAUGGACACGGACAUUGACAAUGUAACAAUGGAACGCGCCAGUCGCCUUUCGACGUUAUGGUCGGGCCUGGCCGAAGGACAAAGAUCAAAUCCUUUCCGGGACGACGUCUAUGUUUUGACCUGGGUUUUACAGGACUGGUCUAGGCACAUUGAGUCCAUUGUUCCUGAGAUUGGGUCUUUUUAUGACGGUAUCUUGAAGGAUUACUCCCGUACGCCGCGCGCUGAGGCAGCUCUCCAUCAAUUGAGAGAAAUUCGCUCGAAGCUCACUGCAGAGCAGCUGCGCCAGGAACCGCCAGGCUAUAUGUGGAGCAAAGACGCUUCUUCGUUCAGGGAAAGUUCUCAAGGACUGACACUCGAGCGCUAG